GGCGGAGCCACCGCUGUUCACUUCCUUGAUGCACACAGCUAACAGUGCUGCACAAUGAAAAUACUCACGUUACUGAGCCUGUUUUCCCCAUUCUUAUCAGCGAACGGCGUUAACAUUGAGUAUAGCGCAGGGCAGUUCUUCAGCAGUGGUCACACUAACAACUGGGCUGUUCUGGUGUGUACAUCCAGAUUUUGGUUCAACUACCGUCAUGUGGCCAAUACUUUGUCCGUCUACAGAAGUGUUAAGAGGCUGGGCAUUCCUGACAGCCACAUAGUUCUCAUGCUGGCUGACGACAUGGCCUGUAACCACAGAAACCCCAAACCUGCCACAGUGUUUAGCCACAAGAACAUGGAGCUGAAUGUGUACGGUGACGACGUGGAGGUAGACUACCGAGGGUAUGAGGUGACAGUGGAAAACUUCCUGCGUGUUUUGACUGGCAGGCUGCCACCCAGCACUCCACGCUCAAAACGCCUCCUCUCCGAUGACCGCAGCAACAUCCUCAUAUACCUUACAGGCCAUGGCGGAAAUGGCUUUCUGAAGUUCCAGGACUCCGAGGAGAUAAGUAAUGUGGAACUGGCCGAUGCUUUUGAGCAGAUGUGGCAGAAAAGAAGGUACAACGAGCUGCUCUUCAUCAUUGACACCUGUCAGGGCGCCUCCAUGUAUGAGAGGUUCUACUCUCCAAACCUCAUGGCUUUGGCCAGCAGUCAAGUUGGAGAGGACUCCCUGUCGCACCAGCCAGAUUUGGCCAUAGGAGUGCAUUUGAUGGACCGUUACACCUUCUACCUGCUGGAGUUCCUGGAGGACAUCCACCCUGCAAGCAAAGCCAACAUGAAUGACCUGUUCAAAGUUUGUCCCAAGAGUCAGUGUGUGUCCACACCAGGCCACCGCACUGACCUUUUCCUGAGGGACCCAGGAAGUGUGCUCAUCACAGACUUCUUUGGUAGCGUGCGCAAAGUGGAGAUCACCACGGAAACCAUCAACUUGACCGACCCCAUCAAGCAGGCGGAGCAGAGUCCUGUGAAUGGAGAGCUGCAAAAAAAGACGUACUCGUAUGUGGACCAGCUACCAGUGUCUGAGAUCAUUCAUCAGAAACCAAAGCAGAAAGACUGGCAUCCUCCUGAUGGCUUCAUCCUGGGCCUGUGGACUCUAAUCCUCCUGGUGUUUUUCAAGACAUAUGGCAUGAAGCACCUCAAACACAUCUUCUGAGGCCUGAGCGUUUAUGCCACUGGGUAUCUGCGGACAGCUUUUACUGAAGGGAUAUUAGAAGGAAGGUGUGGUUUGUGACAGACUUAUUUUCCUGAAAAUGGAUGUAUGGCACCAAAACUGCUUGGCCAAAAACUGUGAUGUAAAUGGUGCCUUUUUUGGAUGAUUGCUCUCCACUGAUGAAAUGUAAAGCUGUUUGUGUGACAAGAGUUAAAGGGACAAAUACUUGAAAGUGAUGCAUCAAAUAUGUGGGUAUACCAUGGGUAUACCACAACUGUUUUAACUGUUUUAAUUAGUUCUCUGUGACAAGGACUUCAACUUAUAUUUAUUUCUCUUUGUGUCAAAAGUUGUGUUUUGUCAAGCAAUUCCAUAAUUGCAUUGAUCUGGUUAAAAAUGCACUGAAUCGAGUCCGCAGAUAAGAAUUUAAUUUAUUUUCGAGAGCGCGCUGCUCUGCAUAUUUCAGCAGCCUUUUUGUUUAAGUGCUACUCAGAGUGUCUGCUCGGUCAGAAAAAGGAAAGUGUGGCACGAGGGCAGGCUGAUUGGCUGUGAGUGGGCUGUGAAGAGAUUACCAUUUAAUGUCUCCCUUGUCCAUAUACAUUACACCCCUUGACCGUCAUAUCGCGCUUGUGAAGGAUAACAAUCACGCAUAAUCCCAUCUUGCAUGAUGGACCCAUCCACUUUCCCAUUCACCAAAUUGCCCUCCCUGUGGAAACAUCCAUUAGCUCCCCAGCCGUGUACUCCGCUGAUUGUAUUCUUGGUGAUGGACAGCUAUUUCCCCGGCCAUUCCACGUCUCGCGCUACAGCAGCGAUAAGUGAGUGAUAACCUAGUAAGCCGCCGGCCGUCCCGAAUGAAUCUCCUCUAUGCUGAGACGUGUUUUCCUCCUUUUUCCCCCCUCUCCCUUUCUCUGCAUGUGUAACCACUCUGCAUUAGGCUCAUUGUUGGGGGAGUGACGGAUGCUCAAAGCAUAUGGAUUGAACCUACGGUAGUUUAUCUUUGCUCCUUGGCGCAAGGACCCGCCCAUCAGGUGCCCGCUGCCACUCUCCCUCGCGGCUGAAGUGGAAAAUAGAUGGAGUUGGAAAUGAAACCAUAUGUAUGGGAAAGCAGCUGCUGCGUCAGCCGCCAAGUACCUUUUCUUAUACAUUAUUUAUCCAACGCUUAUUUCCUCUUCCUUUUUCCUUCCUGUUUCUGAUUUCCUGUAAUUUCAUUCCUCCUGGUCCCCUUUCAGAGAGAGCAAGCUCAUUUUACUUCCUCAAUUGGGAGAAUUUUGAUACCCUGAUUAAAGAUGAAAUACUGAAUCAAA